UGUUUUGAAAGUAAAAAGGGUACUAUAACUUCUGCAGCACGUAUAUAAGGUUCCUGGAUUGAACCUCAGUUUUUUUAACAAAUUUUUGAUGAAGUAAAAAUCCUUUAUACAAGCUUUUCGCUUCCAGCUUUACUAACAUUUCAAUUUUCAUUUAAGCGUCCAAGAAAUUUUCUGAAUAGAUUGCUUUUUGAUCGAUUGCAGUUCCUGUUACAGUUCGGCACGUUUCUGUAGGUAGCGUGACAUAGAGCAAAAAUGGCUUCCUUCAUAUAUUGCAUUUUGUUUCCGGCUUUGGUAACGCUGCUGGUGCUGGCAUGGGCUGACCAGGACAGGGAACAGGGCCACACAUUCUACGGCAUCGAAACGGAAAUCAUCGACCUCUUUAAUAAUCAAGGCCAGAUUAGCAAUGGGAAGUUUUGCGAUGUUAUGACGAAAUGCGAUCCGGUGAUUUAUGGAUUUAUCGAUAUUGAAAAGCCUAUUUCCCCAUGGCCCGGUGCGAUCCGCCGUCUGGAAGACCACGAGUACAUUGGAGGUCACACCAACACUGACAAUGUCAGACUGAAUAAAAUCAUUGGCAAAGUCAUCUGCGGUGGCGCCUUUAAUACAGUUAACCUGCGCGUAGAAGUCUACGACCACGACAUCUUCACCCAGAGCGAUCUAAUCGAGCAGUUCAACUGCUUCUUUGUCCCGCACAUUGUGGCCGACAGUCCAUUGUUGUCGACCUGGAGUGAGACCCGCGUCUGCAAAGGCAUCCAUAAUCCCAAUAAUACCCGAUUAACAUAUCGCUGGCGUCUGCAUGCACUGCCGGCGUCCGCCUGCGGACUGCGGUAUAACGAAGCGCUGACAUUAGCCAGCCAGCAGAAACCCAAACGAGCUGUUGUAUAAGAAGGACAUGGGAUGUGUUAAAAGAUUAAGUACUUAUUUGUUUUCUGAUGCAUUCACUGGCGGAAAGGGAAUUAGCGUGUCGCUUGUAACGCACUUUUCUAAUAUUAAUCUCAGACGAAGAAUUGGGUUUUUACGUUUAAUUAUUCGCGUACUGAAAGCGCAGUACGUUAGUCCAAUAUUAUACUGUACCGGCUUUGCUAUGUAUAAUACAUGAUGUUCAUCCAGAUUCCAGAGCAAGUAAAUUAAAGGGCCGA